AUGGCGACUGGGGAAAACCCUAAGCGGUGCAAGACCAAGCUGCAAACAUGGAGUAACCGUAGCGAUCACACGAAGCAGCAGCAGAAACAACAACGAAUCGAUGAAGACAGAAUAAGCAAUCUUCCGGACAACACUCUGCACGACAUUCUCUGCUUCCUAGACUCCAAAUCCAUAUUCAGAACAAGCAUUCUGUCGAAAGGAUGGAGGCGUUUGGUGGAAGCACUUCCUUACAACCUCAACUUCAACGCCAAGUCCUUCGACGACGAAUCGAGUUUCGACGUGCACGUGAAGGAGUAUCUAUCCCGUCGAAACCGAUCUGUUGUGCCCGUCAAGAGCGUGACGUUCGAGUUCGGAUCAACGAGCUCGAAUGAAAGUGACAUUGAGAUGAUAUUGUUCGAUACGGUCAUGCAGUACGCUGCUGCCGAUGGCAAGCUCGACCAUCUGUCCGCCGUCACCCACGAGAAUGGUAAGUUCGGAGAUGUGGCUGCCUCGAUCGUUGCGCAUCGUCAUUGUCGAUCGCUCGAGGCCCUGGUGCUGAAAGGUUUCAUGGUCGACGGCCUUGAUAUGCAGGAACUCGAUCAUCUGGGGUUUUGGUCGCUGACGACGCUGGAGCUGCAUUCCUGCUUCGUGUUUAAUAGCGUCCCGUUCGGUUUGAAGCACUUGAAGAUAGUCGACUGCACGUGGCCGUCGUCGGGAUGUUUGAGAAUACAAGCGUCCCGGUUGUUGGACCUGGAGAUCAAAGGGUUAUUGCUCUUUGAGAAGGUGAUCGGUACCAUGUUUGCUCUGAACUUGACAUCGUUUCGUCUUUCGUGUAGCGUGUCCGAUUUGAAGAAGCUCUCGCACUUGGACUUUCCUUCUCUGGAUCGUGCGACGAUACGCCUAUGGUGCGACGACGCGUGUCGGUUGGACGAGAGUAGCACGUCGUUGGAGGAUGUCAGUCGUGAGUACAUGAAGUUGCUGCGUGGGUUGCAUAAUGCAAAGUCUCUCGACCUUCGUUUUGAUGAGAUGGCGAGUGGAGAAUCUUGGAAAGAUCACUUUGUCUUCGGCGAAAUGAAGCUUUGUCCGUUCACCAGAAUGGAGACGGUGAGGAUUGAGUAUCAGUAUCCACAGGAACCGCCGAUACCAGAUCAUGUGAUUCGUUAUCUUUUCGGCGGCUCUAAUGAAUUUAGUCUUGAACAAAUUUAA